GGUGGAGGGAGUGUUCCUUAGGUUUCUUUCUCGCGUGGCUACCGCAGCGCUCACCCCAGGCCGUGUUUGCCGAUCUUGAACCGUGAGGGUUUGUUCGAGAAAUAAAAACUAAAAAGCCAUCGACCGUAGCACGGGGCCGCCGCCGCCUCCACCGCCGCCGCCGCGAUGUCGAGCUACAAGAAAGCGAUGAAGUCCAACCAGCGAGAGCAUCGCGAGCGUUCACAGCCUACGGCUCGCCGGGGGCUGGGCCUGUUGGAGAAAAAGAAGGAUUACAAGCUGCGGGCUCAAAACUGGCACCGCAAGCAGGACUUCCUGAAGGGGCUGCGUCGGAAGGCGCUCGACAAAAACCCCGAUGAGUUCUACUUCAAGAUGACGAGCACCAAGCUCAAGGAUGGUGUUCACUUAAAGAAGAAUCCGGCCGACGAGGAGACGACACCUGACCAACUGAAGCUCAUGAGGACCCGCGACCUGCGCUACGUGGAGAUGAAGAGGGUGGCAGAGAGCAAGAAAAUCGAGCGGAUGAAAGGGGAGCUGCACCUGCUGAACGCCAACGUAAAGCAGCAGAAUCGUCACACGUUCUACGUGGACACCAAACGUGACGUGGAACAAUUCAAUCUGGCCGAGCGGCUUCAGACGGCGCCGGAGCUGGUGCGGUGCGUGUACAACCGGCCCAGGCUGGACACCCUGCGCACCGCCACCCUGCAGGGGGUCACCGACAAAAAUACCAUCAAGAAUCUGGCCCGCCAGCGCGCCCGUGAGUACCGCAACCUGGAGAAGAGGAUCGUGCGCGAGUCCACGCUGUUCGUCACCCAGCAGAAGAUCCAGACGAGAAUGGACCUCGUGGACAAGCGGCAGAGAAUCAAGGUGAAGGCGGAGACCAAGACGUCCGCGGCCGUGUACUGCUUCAAGACCGAGCGCAAGCGCUGACAUCGCCAGUGCGGUUUGCUCAGCAGCAGCCAUCUGCGAGCCACGACCCCGGCCGUGUAGCCGCGACCAUGUUUAAACUGGGGCGGGGGGGGGCAUGACACAGUCAAUGUUAGAUAAAACUUAAAUAAAUGUUUGAUGCUAUGAUCUGCUUUUGUCCAUUGUGUAUUCUAGCCUUGCUCGCUCAUCCCCCUGUCGUAUUUAGCCCUUGAACUGUUGGCCCAAAAAAUGGCUUAUUGGUACCAAUCAGCGUGGCAACUGCUAACAAUUAUUUUUUAUGAAGCAAUUUAUCUCCGGCUCACAAAUAUUUCCAACAGUGUAAUGACGACUUCGACGCACUUGUCUUGAGAUGUUUUCUUUAAUUAAGGAGCCACGUGCUCAGACGAGAACAAGCGGAGACCCCCACUGCAACAGCCCCGAGUCUCCCGCGCAUCUCCCUUAUAUCCGGUCCGAGGCCACGCCCCCAUUCCCAAACCACCUCGCUAGUUCUCGGCCACUCGCUCUACCGGCAGACUCUACCGUCCUCUUCCGUCACCUGGCCACGCUCCUAUUCUCGAUCAUUCCCGUUACCACCAGUGCAUUCGUACUGCAGGCUGACUCUCCUGCCAUUACCUCCCGUGGCCACUAGUCCGCUCACACUGUAGGCUGACUCUCCUGCCAUUACCUCCCGUGGCCACUAGUUCUCUCACACUGUAGGCUGACUCUCCUGCCAUUACCUCCCGUGGCCACUAGUCCGCUCACACUGUAGGCUGACUCUCCUGCCAUUACCUCCCGUGACCACUAGUCCGCUCACACUGUAGGCUGACUCUCCUGCCAUUACCUCCCGUGGCCACUAGUCCGCUCACACCGUCGGUGGACUAGACUGUCAUUACAAUAGCAUGGUCAUUGUCAUUUCAGAAAUAACUUUGUGUGGAUACUGCCAAUGGCGGAUACUCGUAGAAUGUUUCCACUCAUAGAAUGUUUCCACUCCCGGUGGUACUGACAAAUACGCUUGGCUCGUGGGCUAUCGUGUAUGUGAGGAAUCGCUGUGUGUGACACACUGCUCAAUUGUAAUACUUUAUGCAUUUUGUCCAGCCCCCUCCAACUAUUGCAGACAUCACACGAAGUUUUCAAAUUAAAAGUAUUACCGCAACAGAUCAGUCUGUGUGCGAGCGGUUAGCACAGCUGCAAAGAGCUCAUUGAACUACGUAACAAUGUGUCCAACAUCAAUUGUAUUGGUAAAACCACCCUGGUAUGACAUCCAUAAAGGCGGCCUUACCGUGGAAUUUGGAUAGGUGGGUUACGAAUGUAUCAAAUAUUCAACAAAACUCAUAUGAAUUGUCUUACAAUUUUUUUUAAUGUGCUCAUUGUUGAUGGGGCUGAGACCAUCAAAUCGCUUAUGCCUGAGAACCCCGAUUUAAUCACCGGUGGCUGUAACCUGGAUUGGAACCCAGGACGUCUGCGGUGCCGGCUAGACACUGACCUCUUGAGCCACGCGGCUCCCUGAGGGACGGUCGCCUGAAACGACGAACUGCACACUGGCCACUCCUCCGCCUGUGCCGCUCGCGGACACUGGAGUUCACCGUCGGUGCAACCACGACUUUCACCGCAAACCAAGCCUGCUUGGUCAUCACAACUGUCGCACUGAGACGGCUUGUGCCGGAGAUUUGUGGCAGGUGCUGGUGAUGCUGCAUUUUACCGAUCCACUUCGUUUCUCCACAGCCCCCCCCCCCCCCCCCAUCUAUUCUGAUUUGUAGGAAGCGUGUGCCGUGCUGUUAAACAUUCCUGCGGAGGGAGCUGAUAGGAACGUUGGGAUGCUCGGUCAAUGGCCAGGGUCAACGGCGGCGUGGUGUAUUCCGCAAAUAUAGUGGACUGUGAGGGCGGGCACAAGCCGGCGUGAGUGGGUUAAACGUUGAGUUUUAUAAGGGCACCACGGGGUGACCAGCCCCUCCCCACCCAGCCCCACCCCUCCCACCACCCAGCCCCAGCCAGCCCCUCCCCACCCCACCCAGCCCCUCCCCUCUCCACCCAGCCCCACCCCUUCCAUUUUUGGAUGCACGACGGACGGACACAAUAAUCCCCUGUGGGCUGGUGGAACCAGGUGGUUCCUACCAGUAUAAUCAUAUUCUGUGCGGUCCCAAACAUUGUAUUAUUAGAACAUUGCAAUAAAGCAAACGUCCAUUUCCGCAUCA